AUGUGGAUCAAGAUAUCCAAGGGAAGACGCAAGGAUGCUUGUCUCUGUACGCUCACAAUGCCGUCGGCAAUAGUACACUUCAAGGGCUUCGAGACGUCUGCGUCAUCCUCCUUCAUCCUUGCACCCGGCUCAGUCCCGUAUGAGAGCCCGGUCUGUCCGUCGUCGAUGAUCUUUACGAGGAGCAGCACAUCGUGGCGUCUAUUCGAAUUUUCGGAACCUUAUCUCCGUUCAACUUGCCCUCCCGCUGCGCCUACGCCACCACAUGGAAAACUUCUGACCGGUCUGGCCGGGUGA